AAAAAACAAAGAAAAAAACAAAAACAAAACAAACCGGCUGAAUCGCUGUUUUUCAUCUGGAGACGGACGAGCAUUCAGCUAACCAAAUCGCUUAAUCGGAGCGUAUUAAAUCAGAUACGAGGGCACUUAGAACUUGGGAGCAGCUAAUAAUUUUGAGAAAUGGAAAAGGAUGCAAAGAUGGUGAAAGAAGAUGAAGAAUCCAAUAAGAAGAGAGAGAAGGUGUGCAAGAGAUGCAAGUUCACUUACACUUCCGACUCCAACACCCCUUCUGCCUGCCGCUUUCAUCCUUCAUUCUUCGUCUGUCGCCGUCACGAUGAUCAGAAAAGGUACUAUGAGUUGGGACCCGAUGACCCUCCUUAUGCUGCCAAGUUUUAUGACUGUUGUGGUGCUGAAGAUCCUGAGGCAUCUGGCUGUACUACAGACUUCCAUAUUUCAUAUGAUGAUGAAUAGGUGGAGUUUCAUCAUCUAUGAUCUUCACUGCGAGUUAGAAAUGUAAAAGAAACGGCAUGCUAUCCUAAUUCCUAUAUAUAACAUUUGUUGUUUGUCAACCAGUUAUUAUGGUGUAGUGGUGUACAGUAUACUCCAGUUAUGUAAGGCAGAUUUUUUAUAUGCAGCUUGUUUUACUUCUUGUUUUUCUA